AUGGCAAGCAAACCAGAGCUAGUAAUAGGAACCCGGAACUCCAAACUAGCACUCGUCCAAGCCGAGCGCAUCUCUAAGGCCCUGAGCGACCUUCACCCCACCAUCAAAUUCCCAUGGCAAGUAGUCUCAGUCCGAGGCGAUGUCGACAAAACAAGCCCAUUCCUGAAAUUCAGCGGUCCAUCAGAUGCAGCGAAAAACAUCUGGACCGAGGAGAUGGAAGCUAAAUUAUGUUCCGGCGAACUGGACCUGCUGGCGCACUGUUUGAAGGAUAUGCCGACCAAUCUGCCGGACGGAUGCGUUCUAGGUGCAAUUGUGCACCGCGAAGAUCCAACUGAUGCACUCGUCGUGAAGAGUGGUCUUGAUUAUAAAUGUCUGACUGAUUUGCCCGCUGGUUCUGUCAUUGGGACUAGUUCGACGCGUCGGAAGGCGCUGCUUAAGUAUAAGUAUCCCCAGCUGGUCGUGGAAGAAUGCCGAGGCAAUCUUGAUACUCGUCUCCGCAAACUGGACGAUCCAGAAGGUCCCUUCACAGCUAUAAUCAUCGCAACGGCCGGCUUAAACCGUAUCAAUCUUUCGCACCGCAUUACGAAAAGUCUUCCUGCAUCAGAAUUCCCCUACGCUAUCGGUCAGGGCGCACUUGGAAUUGAACUUCGUGCGGGGAUGAGUCAACACUGGACUUUGUUCGAAAAAUCGAAGAACAGCCCACCCGCUGGAUCUGGUGGAUGCUCGUCUCCGGUUGCUGUGAAUAGUGUUAUCGAGAGUCAGAAACCGACAGGACUUUCCCUGAGACUUGAGGGUAUGAUUAUUCAUCCGCAUGGUUCAAGUCAAGUUUCAUCGACAAGCGUGGCGGUGGUUCGGAGUGAUGAUGAUGCGGUGGCUCUCGGUGUUGACCUUGCAAAGAAAUUGGAGGAGAAUGGAGGGCGGGCUUUGUUAGAUGAAAUUAGAGUUCUACAGCAUGGUGUUUAG